CAGUUGACAUUUGAAAAUUUGAAGUUUAACAAAACAAAUAUGAGAAUAUUAAUUGGGCUCUAGAGAAUUGUUGCAGCUUUUCAGUUAUAAUCUUGGAAUGGACUCUUUCUAAAUGAAGAUUCGGCUCAGUGAAUAAUUGGUUGCAGCUACGUUCGGAGGGUGUGCAAAAGGAAGGCUCAAAUGUAGCAUAAAAAUGGUGUCCCACCCGAAAGAAAAAUACACUGAGAGUUAUGAUGCUUUUCGCACCUACGGGCGAUACUUAAACGCGUUGAGCCGCCUGCAUUGGAUGCACGGUUCGGCGCAAGGAGGAUCACCGUCAUCGCCAACCCAACCACUGAGUCGCCUACCUGCAGGUUCGUGCCGCAGCUGUCACUGUGACAAGGUAAAAAAUGAACAGUUAUGUGGUAAUGACCUACCUGGUCCUUUUCGCACGAAUCGACCCACAUACAUCGUUUUCGAUGAGGUGGACCCUAUUGCAGCUUUGGAGGAGAGCUUUGAAUUUACCGCAGAUUCUGCAUCUAAGGACACAGUAUUUGUUCAGCACAAGACCACCCAGACAGACGACCGUAUCUUAUUCUCGCCAUCGUUUUUAAUGAUUAAAGGUGACUCGCUAGAUCCAGUUAACAAUCCUGCUGGCAAUCUUUCUGAACAUUCGGUUGUACGGAAGGACUCUGAUAAAGUAAAUCAAAGAAAUUCCACAGAGGAGCAAUCAAAUACACAGGAGGAUAAAGUUACAAGAGUGACACAAGAUGACGGCGAUGAAAUAAGGAUGCCUCUCUCCGAAUUCUAUUACACAUCGGCGAAUUCCAAGCGACCAAUUAAGAAACCAGAUACAGCGAAGGGUUCUCAGCGUGCAGGGGCAAGUCUCGAUACACCUAAAAAAUCGCACAUAUUUGGCUCCCAUAAACAUUUUGUUGAACACAUACGCUUUUUGAAACGACCAUUAAUAACAGUAAGGUCCGCCAGCAGAAAAAAUGAAAAUAAUCGACAAGAUUCUAAACCCAAGGAAGAAAUGGAAACUUAUGAAAAGAAAAGGCCAAGUUACGACAAAGAAACACAAUACGAACUAUAUGAGAUGGAUGAAAAGCCCUGCAGAAGAUGUGACAUUAUACCGAUGUUAGGCCACCAACUGAGCAGAAUGCGUUUCACAAUUGAGCGACUAGAGGCACAGUUGGGGGAACUAAAAAAUGACGUCGACGCACUGAAACGUAAGAGAAGGCGAGAGGCUCAGGAGAGUGCUCAAACACAUACCUAUAUUAAGCCCGAUAGAAAUCAAUCGCUAGAUAGGUUCGUGGUAAUUAAAGCCAGCAGUUUGACUCCUCCAGUCAAGACCCAAAAUGGUUUGAAAAUUAUAAAGAUACCCAAGAUGCAGCCAGACUCCGAAAUCUCCUAUAUUGAUACAACCAAUUGCAAAACCAAUGCGGCGAGGGAGCCCACCGCUAAUAGAAUGCCGACCCAUAGAACAUCCUGUAUACGUGUAUGCGAACAAAAUACCAGCGAAUUGCUUGGACCUAAGGAAUUAAAAGGCAUUUGGCCACACGACAAAGAAAAUUCAAUUGAUAUAAAGCUUCCUGCUAAUACCAAUACUUCAACAGAGACGUUUACGCCCUACACUUGGGCUCGGAACAAGCCAACAGUUCAAGAAACCAAUUACAAUAUUCAACGAGAACACAAGAAACCAUUUUUAGUUCAGACUAAGUCUAAUACCAAUAGUUCCACUGAUUCUAAGAAAGCCACUACCUUUAAGCAGUCGCACCAAGGAAACCCGAUUAUUAUUGUGCAUAACUAUAAAGCGAAAACGUCGUCUGAGGCCGCCGAGCUUCCGAGAGUCCAGCCGAAAUCUCAUAAUCAGCUGGAAUCCCAGCCCUCCAGUGUGUGUCAAUUCUGCUCGAAUAAGGUUCAGCGUGUGUUGGAUGAUCUAGUUGGUGCGUUGGUUAAGGUGAUUGGGGAUCGGCCCUAUAAAAGUAUCUUGCUGUCCAUUCUCCUGCGCUCCGACAAUGUCUAUCAUGUUAACGUACAGGUGAGGGAGACAAUGCAUGUACUCGGCUGCUUGCUGGUCAAUCACGCCGCCAUAGAGGAGGCCAUCAAGCGGGGCAUAUUCAAAGAGAUUCUCACCUACUCUGUGAUUGAUGUGCGUAAUACGAUCAAGCCAAUCGGUCCUCCAAUCGGUAUACCAUUCGAAUUUAUUGCAAAGCCACGAAAUAAUGCACAUAACGAUACAAAAAAGGAUGAAUCUGCCAACAUUGAGGAUUUGAGAACCCAGGCGUUUAUCACUAAAGUUCUCGGAGUACCAGCAGAUAAAAUAAGUAAAAAUGUCAAAUAAUUUUAAUUUCGGAAGAUUCAUUCAAGAUUCAGCGAAUGAAUGUCCUAAUGUUUUAAGCAAUUUUUUAGAGUUUAUAAGAAUCAUUUUAUUCAAAUGGACAAAACUUUUCGAGAGUACAAUAAAUCGUCUGCAAUUAAGUGGCAAAGAUAACUUUAA